AUGGGCGAGCAUAAUCUCCUGAAUCCCGGGUUUGUGGGGCCGCUGGUGAACAUCCACACGGGAGACACCUUCUACUUCCCCAACUUCCGCGCGUCCGGGGCGCAGCUGCCCGGGCUGCCUUCGCUGUCCUACCCGCGCCGCGACAACGUGUGCUCGCUGCCCUGGCCGUCGGCGGAGCCGUGCAAUGGCUACCCGCAGCCCUAUCUCGGCAGCCCGGUGUCGCUCAACCCGCCCUUCGGCCGCACGUGCGAGCUGGCGCGCGUGGAGGACAGCAAGGGUUAUUACCGCGAGCCGUGCGCCGAGGGCGGCGGCGGGGGCCUGAAGCGUGAGGAGCGCGGGCGCGACCCCGGCCCAGGAGUCGGGCCCGGGGCAGCGCUGCUGCAGCUGGAGCCGUCGGGGCCGCCUGCGCUCGGUUUCAAGUACGACUACGCGGCGGGCGGCGGCGGUGGCGACGGUGGCGCGGGACCCCCGCAUGACCCGCCCUCGUGCCAGUCGCUGGAAUCCGACUCCAGUUCGUCCCUGCUUAACGAGGGCAACAAGGGCGCCAGCGCGGGCGACCCCGGCAGCUUGGUAUCGCCUUUAAACCCCGGCGGCGGCCUCGCGGCCAGCGGCGCGCCCUGGUACCCGAUCCACAGCCGCUCACGGAAGAAGCGCAAACCCUAUUCGAAGUUGCAGCUGGCGGAGCUGGAGGGCGAGUUUCUGGUGAACGAGUUCAUCACAAGGCAGCGCCGGAGGGAACUCUCAGACCGCUUGAAUCUUAGUGACCAGCAGGUCAAGAUCUGGUUUCAGAACCGCAGAAUGAAAAAGAAAAGACUUCUGUUGAGGGAGCAAGCUCUCUCCUUCUUUUAGGGGGCAAGACACGGGCACCAGCCCCAGACUGAGCCUGUCUCUGGCAGAGAGCAAGAGGGGGCACUGCCUGGGACACAGUCCCCGCUUAGAACGCCAGGAGUCUCUGGCAGGUCCUCCUGGGACGUCCUCUUGUCUGUUUUGUUCGUGGUUCCCUCCCACACACCCCCAGCAGACCCUGCCAGGUCCCAGAGAGAAGGGAAGAACCCAGCCAGGGAGAGAGG